CCCCAGGCAAGAGACGAAGCGGACAAAGAUUCACUUGUAAAGGACCUCCUUCCAGCCUCCUCUCGUCUCUGCCCAAAUUCAUCCAGUCAGUGGGAGCAUUUAAGAAGAUUCUUCUGCCAACAAGAGCAAAAGGAAAGAAGAAAAGGGUCUGUUUUUGCAGUGUUGGAGAUCAAACCCAGGAUCCCACAUAUGCCAGGGCCAAAAGCCAAAAUGAAAUUUAUGGUACUUGUCACUGUUGGGUUAACUUUGCUGCUAGAAGUCCAUGCCAUGCCUUCAAAUCGCCUGUCUUGCUACAGAAAGAUCCUAAAAGAUCGUAACUGUCACAACCUUCCAGAGGGAGUAGCUGGCCUGUCACAGGUUGAUGUAAAUGUCCCGUUUCACUUCUGGGAUAGGAAGGCGUGUGAGAUGAUCUGUUACUGCAAUUUCAGUGAAUUGCUUUGUUGCCCAAGAGACGUCUUCUUUGGACCAAAGAUCUCUUUUGUGAUUCCUUGCAGCAAUCAUUGAGAAUCUUCAUGUAUUCCACAGAACACCAUCUUAAUUUCUCACACAUUAUAUCAGUGUUAUUACAUUUCUGGUUUCUAUCCAGUGCGAUAAAACACAGAUUCAAUAAAGUCUUACUUGUCUAGGACAAGUAAACCUG